AUGUCUGACCGCGGAGAUUUCGAUCUCACCCCCUCCUCGUCGCCCGUUGCUGACAAGGGCAAGGGCAAGGCGUCGUUUGAUGAGCCUACUGACACCGCCGUUGCUUCUGUCGCGACUGGCGAUGCUUCUCAGACCGAGAAGAAAAAAUCCGCUCGAGAGAUUACUGACCUGGAGCUUCUCAAAAUGGAGGAUUACUUCAAUGACGAGUCCCUCACGCGCUCUCUCGACAACUAUAUUGCUCCAAAGCAUAUCCACACCAAGGUCAAGGUCCUUCCUCUUGAGGAAGACGAGGGCGUCUCCAUGGUGAAGGCUGCUAAGAUUGAACUGUGGAACAAGUUGGCUUCGCUCAACGAGGCCUUCGAGAAGCGCCACCCGUCCGCCAAGGAAGAGCGUCUCGCCCAGGAAGCUGCUUUCGCUGCCACCAACGCUCGUCUCGACGAAAUUUUCGGAGAGUCAUCCAAGCAGGGCGCUCUGAACGAAGAGGCCAAGAGAACCACCCGUGCCGAGCGCAGAGCCGAGCAAAAGGCCCAGAAGAAGGCCGACAAGAAAGCCCAAAAGGCUCGCAAGGGUGAGGUCCCCGUCGCUACUGCCCCUCAGGCUGUCCCUUCGCCGACUCUCGAGGAGCACACCACCAAGGAGGCUUCGCUUCGCGAGAAGUAUCCAGAGAUCUACGCAAAGAUCGAUUACUGGCGCGCUCUUGGUGCUGCCAAGAAGCCUGCAGACCUUCUCGAUCCUGCCGACUCUGGUAGCGAGUACACCGACGACGCCCACUCUGACGACGACUCGCUUCUUGCAGCUCCUUCUCAUCGUGUGGCCCACGAGACCCAGACGACCAUCGCCUAUGGUCAAGCCGCGGAGAGCAAAAGCCAGACGAAGGAGGCGUAUACCGAUGAUUCUUCUUCCGACGAUGAUGCAUCGAGCACUGGCUCGUCAAAUGGCGACCCGUUCCACUUGAACAAGUAUCUCACGCCGGAGUACCAGGCAAAGGCCCAGGCUUAUCUCAAGGCCUUCGACGAAGCUCAAGCUCAAACUCAAGCUCAAGCUACCGAUAAGCCUGUCUACGGGCCUGCCCCUCCCCCUUCCUCCGCCCAGUCCGGAGGAAAGACCAUCGCCGGCAAGCCGACUGCCACGGAUAAGCGCUCUCAGAAAACCAUGGAGAGCGAUGAGUCUUACACCUUCAUCCAGAGAAGCCCGAAGGAGAGCAACGCGCGAACCUCACUCCACGUCUCCGACGAUGAGCUUUCCGAUACCGACGACGUCAAGGCCGCCAAGGUCUCCGCUGCCCAGCAGGAGCGAGACGAGAUCAACCGUCGUGCAUAUGAGCGCGUGAACGCCGCUCACGCCCGUGGUGAGAUUGUUCACCUCGAGAAUACCAAGCCGAUUCGCGACACUUUCUCGACUGAUAUCAAGAAGGAGGACAUCGUCCCCGGUAUCAGAAAGGGCAAGAACAAGCAGGCUCUUGCCGCCUUCGACGAGGAGGCCUACGCCGACCGCUCGAUUGCGUCUCACACCAUGAAGCCCGCUCCCCUUCGCAUCCCUUCUCGCGCCAAGCAGCCUACGGUCGACAACAAAAAGACCAGCACCAAGGAUGUCUCGCAGGCUCAGAGCAAUACGCCCACUGUCUCCGAUACUCCGCGCUCGUCAAACUCCAGCAGGUACCGCAUGGUUGCUGGAGAGUCCACCUCCCUUACCCAGGCCUACAACGGCAACAACCCGUUUCUGAACAGAACCACCAGCGGCUCUUCCACUCAGAGCGGCGGUCCGAGAAGUAGCGGUGGCACUCGGAACUUCAGCUGGCCCAAGAGAGCCAAAAACAGCAAGUACGACUUCGUCGACAGUGAUGACGACGAGGCUAUCAAGAAGAAGAAGAAGUCGGACAAGACUCCAGCUCAGACUCAGACCACCACGUCUGGCGGCAGUAGCUCCCCUACGACCCUUUUGAACAACAUCAAUUGCCUUACCGACUUCACUCGCAAGAUGGCUCCGCUCCCAAAGCCUCCGGUCGACGAAGAGACUGGCGGCCGCCGAGGCUUCACGGUAGAGGAGUACAAGACCGUCAUCCAGGACGAGUUCAACCGUUUCGUCCAGCAGUCUCCCGAGAAGAAGGCGUGCGACCUGGAGACGGCUCUUGCCAUUCUUAACGGCGUCCCCUCUGCGUCCUCAUCCUCCGGCCGUGCCCCGACUACCCCAGCGCCCGCUGCCUCUGACAACAUCACUCGUCAGACCGUGACCGUCAACCCGUUCCAGCAGCAUCCUGCUGUCCGCCUCGCCGGCGCCACGGCCCUCCCGCCCACGCCCGCGACCUCUGUUGUUCCCGCAACCACGUCCCAGCAGAUAGCAGAUCUGGAUGACUUCCUCGCGGAGGAAAACGACAACCGUUACACCACCUCUGGCCCUGCCGCCGCGGGCUCCAGCUACGCCUCGAGCUACAACUCCACCGCCUCUACUAGCCAGAAGAACCAGAAUGAGAAGGAGAACCAGGACAAGUAUGAGCCCUGGAACGAUCCCAACUACCACGAGGAGGCUCUCUCCCACGGCUACGCCUUCAAGCAGACGGGCUACAACAACCUCCCCGACGACAUGGACCCCGUCCCUCUCACCCGCGGACAGCGCCGUGAGGUUCUCGAGCACUACGGCAUGACCGAGGCGGACUACCCUGCUCCUCCCGCCGGCUACCCCAACCCUCCCGGCCCCGAGCCCGGCACCGUCGCUCCCCCUUGCCCCUCCCGCCCUGCUCCGUCUGUUCCUGGCCAGGUCACUCCGGCUGGCAGCAUUGGCGGAGGUAGCAGCACCUCCAGCAUUCACGGCGGCUACAGCGACGCUUUUGCUCUUGCUCAGGCUUAUACUCAGGCGCAGGCUCCUGCUACCGCUCAGAGCCUCCGCACUCCUCGUCGCUUCCGUCGUGCUGCUACUGCGCCCCCCGCGACUGCUCCUGACAGCCCUGCUCCUGACAGCCCUGCUCCUGGCUAUGACGCUGACUGGUUCUGA